AUGGGUCGCGUUCGCACCAAGACCGUCAAGAAGUCCGCCAAGGUCAUCAUUGAGCGGUACUACCCCAGACUCACCCUGGACUUCGAGACCAACAAGCGCAUCUGCGAUGAGAUCGCCAUCAUCGCCUCCAAGCGCCUCCGCAACAAGGUCAGCAAGAAGAUAGCCACCCAGACGCAACAUACGAGUUGGACGAACGAAGGUCCCCGUGAGACCGCUUCCAAACAUCGGUGUUGGGGAUACGGAAAGAUUGCUGGCUACACCACCCACUUGAUGAAGCGUAUCCAGCGUGGUCCCGUCCGCGGUAUCUCCUUCAAGCUUCAGGAGGAGGAGCGUGAGCGCAAGGAUCAGUUCGUCCCCGAGGUCUCCGCCCUCGACUUCACCCAGAACACCGAGAGCGGCCAGCUCGAGGUCGAUGUCGAGACCAAGGACCUUCUCAAGCACCUCGGCUUCGACGCUAUCCCCGUCAACGUCACUCCCGUCGGCCAGACCCAGGUCCAGGAGCGCGGAGGCCGCUUCGGUGGCCGCCCCCCUCGCCGCGACUAA